ACAAAUUCACGAUUGUAAUUCAUCGCUAUAAUCGUCUUCAGAGAUUCUGAUGAUGGGAAUUGGAGUGGUGGAGGUUACGAUAAUAAUUGUGGGUAUCCUAGCGGUCAAGCGAUUUAGAGAGCAGAGAAAGAGCUCGAUGAAGAGAACCUCAAAAGAAGCCAAUGAUCGUAGACCUGUCUCCAGAAAAACCAUUUUCGGUAUUGAUAAUGUAUAUGACACCAUUCCAUUUGACGAGAGCGAUGAAAACCCAUAUAAAGAUCUCUCUGACGGGGUUUACGAUACAACCUCAAAAAGACGAUCUCAUGUCAAUAGGCAAAGGAGUAAUUAUUCCAGGGGAAGUUUCUUUUUACAUUUGUUUCAUAAAUCAAACCAUAAUGAAAGAAAGUCAAUAGAAGAAAACAUUCCAUUGCCUUUGAGGAAGGAAACGAUUGAAAAGGUUUGAAUUGGAGACACCUGAUUAGGCGUAAAAAGAAAAUAUAAACAUGAGUUAAAACAAGGAAAGCGUGUAUAAUAUGCGUAUCAAUAAUGCACGAUUAAAACAGAACUUUGGAAAUCCACCUUAAUUUUUACACGUUUUUAGGCUUUAAACAACCCUGCAAUUGUUUUAGACUACUAUGUAAAUAGUUACUUGGUGAUAUUCAUGUUUUGAUAUAUGUAUUUCAACAUGAUUUACUUAUACAUCCUUAUGUUAUAUUGCUUAUCUUAAAACUAGCGAUUUCCCACAGUCAUUUGCACAAGAAGUCGGAUUUUGUUUUUCUGGGAGCUCCCUAUUAGUAAUGUAGA